AUGUAUGACGAAUUGUUCGCUGCAGCUGCCGGAAGUCUUGUAGUGGGCGACGGCUUGGCGUACCCAAGGUCACCCGGAGAGCGAGAUGAUCCCCGCUAUGUGGUGCCUGGAAAUACCUCUCUUCUUCAAACCUUGAGUCAACCCAGUUAUCACUGA